AACGUCAAAAAACUAGACUGUCUUGUGAAAUUUAUUUCAUAAAAUUUAUUUUAAAUAGUUUAAUUACUAAAUUAUUAUGUCCGACAACAAAGAUGCGACUAAAAAGGAAGUCGAUCCCGAACUGGACGAUUUACUCGACAGCGCUCUCCAAGACAUGACGAAGAAGCCAGCCGCAGCUGGAGAGGUACAGGAACCGGUGUGGAGCGAGGAGUUUGUUAAGGAGGCAGCGGCGCAGUUUGAAAGCAACAUGGCCGCUUUACUGGGAAGCUUCAGUGGUGUGCCGGGUGAACAGCCAGAAAUCAGCCAGGAGCAGAUAGCACAGACAUUCUCGAAAAUGGCUGAGGCCGCGGCCGCGGUGCUGAAGCCGGGCGCGGCGGACGGCUGCGAAGCCCCCGCGGCGGACCCCGCCAAAAUAGACGAGGUGUCAGCAGCCAUAUCGCAGACCCUACAGAACCUGAGCUCCAACUCCGAAGGUCUACAAACGCCAUUCAGCGACCAGGACCUCGCCAACAUGUUCGGCAACUUCAACCUUGGAGAAAACCAGGAUGGCAACAUGUUCCUCCCCUUCAUGCAAGGGAUGAUGCAGUCGCUCCUCUCUAAGGAGGUCCUCUACCCCUCCUUAAAGGAGUUGGUAGACAAGUACCCCGCCUGGCUCGAGGAGAACAAAGGGAAAGUGCCCCAGGAUGACUACGACAGAUACUGCCGGCAACAGGAGCUGAUGCAGCAGGUCUGCGCUGAACUGGAACCGGAGCAGGAAACGGACCCUGAUGAUGUCAAGAGGAGGCGGUUCGAAGUGGUGCUAGAACUUAUGCAGAAGAUGCAAGACUUGGGUCAGCCGCCCACCGAGCUGGUUGGUGACAUGGCCGCGCCGCAAGGGCUCGCAGCGCCCGACAACUCGCAGUGCAGCGUCAUGUAGUGACAUGACACGUGACAGGUGACA